AUGAAACUGUGGGAUGUUAAACGUGAUCGGUCUUCAACUGAUCGGCUUACUCAAAUGGAUUUUUAUAGUUAUCGUUUGUUUGAACGACCCACAGAGUAUUUAACAAUUUUGAAAGCUGGAAAAUUGUUCCAAGAGUUUUUGGUUGAUGCUUGGGCCGCAACUGAACAAAAUAAGUUGACUUGCUACAAGCUUAAUAAAGGGAAGAUCCGUGCUGAACUUUACCAAGAUUUGACAGAUAUUGAUCCAAAUGACCUUCAACCCAAUCAAAUUGGUCAAAGGUUUGUUUUGCCAUCUUCAUUUCCUGGAGGUCCUAGACACAUGUUUGAAAUCUUUCAAGACUCAAUGGCUAUCACACGAUACAACCAACAUCCAAACAUUUUUCUCACCAUGACUGCAAAUCCUAAUUGGCCAGAAAUUACUUCGGCAUUAUUACUGCACCAAAAGCCUAUUGAUUGUCCUGAUUUAAUUGCCCGUGUUUUUAAGUUAAAGAGAAAGUGCUUGAUGAAGGAGAUAGAAACAAACCGAGUGUUUGGUAAUAAAGUUGCGCAUGUUUUUACAAUUGAAUUCCAAAAGCGAAGCCUUCCUCAUAUGCAUGCACUUCUAUUUCUUAAGGGUCUAGACAAAAUUCGGACAUGUGCUCAAGUAGACAAAUUGGUUUGUGUAGAAUUUCCAGAUCCAAAAGAUGAACCUAUGCUUUUGAAACUAUCAAGUGUUGUAUGGUACAUGGACCAUGUGGUGCUCGAAAUCCACAAGCACCAUGUAUAA